AUGGCCGAAACCAAACCCAAAUACACACUCUCCUCCCUCCUUGACACGCUCCUCCCAACCGUCCACCUCACGAAGCCACCUCCACACCCCACACACCCGUCCCUCACCCCUGUCAUCUCAUCCCUCCUCCUCCACCCCACUAUAGAAGCUGCUCUACACCUCCUCAACGCCGACCUACCCUCCGCGCACUUCCUCGUCCGCCACAUGCAGGCCCCGCCCGCUAUUGAAGGAAUGCUUCUGCACUCCAUCCUGCAUCGCAGCGAGGGCGACAUUCCGAAUGCACGCGCGUGGGCUAGCGACGCCGUCGAUGCGAGCGAUGGGUGGGUCCCGAAGCACAAGGGGGAGGAGCGGCUGGACUUGGACACGGUGCAGGCGAUGAAGGGAAAGGUGUUGGGUGGAGCGCGGUUUGUGGAGUUUGUGUAUGGCGGCGAUAAGGCAGGUGCGGAGCGCCUGAUUGAUGAUGUUGAGAGGUGGAGAAAGAAGAAAGGGGCAGAAGGGGGGAAUGAACUUGCAGAGAGGGUGCGCGCAGAGUUGGGGAAGGUGCUGGAGUGGUGUAGGAAGAAGUUUGGGGAGGAAGAGUGGACAGAUGCGAGUGCAGCGUGGGUGAAGCAUGGGGAGGAGGUCCGCAAGAUGGGGGAGGACAUGGUCAGCGGUGCCAAGGAGUUCCGAGAUUUCUGA